AUGGUUACCGCUGUGUUUGAUUUUGAAAAAGUAUUGCAAUGUCCUCAUGGCAAUAUAAAUAUAUUUUACUAUAAAAGAAAGUUAUCUUCUUAUAACUUCACUGUUUACGACAUGGCUAAAAGGAAGGCCGUAUGCUACAUGUGGGACGAAUCUGUGGCAAAACGUGGUGCCAAUGAAGUAAGCAGUUGCUUAUACAAUUUCAUCAAAACCAAUAUUGACCGAGGGGCCACGGAGUUUCGUUUUUGGUCAGACAAUUGUCCUGGUCAAAAUCGUAACCGCUACGUAUAUUCAAUGUAUGUAUAUGCCGCAAUAAAGUUUGGAAUACGUAUAACACACCGAUUUUUACAAAAGGGACACACUCAAAAUGAGGGGGACAGUGUCCACUCUGUCAUUGAGAGAGCUUCUCAAACAAAAACAAUCUUCAUUCCUCAAGAAUGGCGCUUAUUAGUUAAAUGGGCUAAAAAUGAAGGAGAACCUUAUGUUGUCUACAAUGUAACCCAGAAUGAUGUGUUUGAUUUUAAAUGUCUUGUCAAUGAUAAGGUCUGGAUAAAAGACAUUCAAGGCAAAAAAAUCUGCUGGAAUAAUAUUCGUGAAGUUUAUGCAAAUGGUGUCGACCCUAACAAACUGUUUUUUAAAUAUGAUCUCAAUCAACCUGAAUAUAAUACUUUAAUUAUUCGCGGCAACACAAGGAACUCCAUACCAACUGAAUUAAAGCCUGCUUAUUCUAAACCAAUUAUGGUGCCAGCGUCUAAAUAUAAAGACCUGAUGGAUAUGUGUCAGUCAGAAGUAAUUCCCUUAGAGUAUCAUGCAUACUUUAACUCUUUGCCACAUCACAUUACUGUUGAUGUUUCAGAAGACUCAGAAUGA